UCAAACCCAUUUCGUCUCUCCUCAUGUGUGUCAGCUGUGUUUUUAACCUGGUUUAAUCACGGCAUGUAGGAGAGCCUGUGCACGGAGUAGCUUCUAGUUCUGUUAGCAGUAACCACUUUGUUAAAGUCUUCAAAGUCAUCGAGUCUUCAUGAAAAGCGCAAAACUGUGGGACAGAGUUGUCGGUUGUUUGUUGCCGCCUCAGAGGAUUAGCAUUCGCCGAAGAAAUGAAAGUGAAGGAAAUCUUCGUAUCUGCUCCAGGGAAGGCGAUUCUCCACGGAGAGCAUGCAGUUGUACACGGAAAGGUGGCUCUUGCGGUUAGUUUGAACCUGAGAACAUAUUUGUGGUUGAAAGCCACCACUACUGGCAAAGUUUGUCUCAACCUCCCAAAUAUUGACUUAUUCCUCUGCUGGGACUUGUCUGAACUGAGGCAGUUUCUUCCUUCUUCCUGUGGUAACAGAGAGGAGGUGAAACCUUUGGAUGCUGAACUUGUGAGGAGACUGCGUGAAUUUGUUGGUGCAGCCAAUGGAAAUUUGGAUACUUGCAACAUGGCCACCUUAGCCUUCCUCUACAUCUACGUCUCGUUGUUUAGAUCAAGUGAGCUGCCCAGUGUGACAGUGACUGUGUGGUCGGAGCUGCCGACCGGAGCAGGACUGGGGUCAAGUGCUGCCUACUCUGUGUGUUUAGCUGCAGCCCUGCUCUGUGCGAGUGGAGUCAUUCCCCCUCCUCUCAAAGAGUGGGAUCACACCGCCAGGUGGUGUCAGGAGGACCUGGAGAUAAUCAACAGCUGGGCUUUCCAAGGAGAGAUGAUCAUCCACGGUAAUCCCUCAGGAGUGGACAAUGCUGUAGGAACAUGGGGUGGCAUGCUGAGAUUCUUGGCCGGGAAGAUAAUACCACUGAGCAGGGUUCCACUGUUAAGAAUCCUUCUCACUAAUACCAAAGUACCACGUAGCACCAAGGUACUUGUUGCCAGGGUGAAGGACAAGAUUAACAAGUUUCCUGCCAUCAUGAGCCCGGUGCUGGACUCAGUUGAUGCCAUUUCCUGCACUUGUGAGAAAGUCCUCACGGAGAUGACCAGUGAGCCCAUCACAGGAGAACACUACAACAUUCUAGAGGAACUCAUUGACAUUAACCAGCACCAUCUUAAUGUGAUCGGGGUGGGACACCCUGCUCUGGACACACUGUGCCGGGUCACAUUGGCCAAAGGGCUCCACAGCAAGCUAACCGGCGCUGGUGGUGGAGGUUGUGGCAUCACCCUUCUGAGACCAGAAACCGACUCCUCUGUCGUCCAGGCUACGGUGCAGGACUUGAGAGACUGUGGCUUUGACUGCUGGGAAACAAGUAUUGGCGGUCCGGGUGUCCAGCAGCACUCUCUCCUUUCUGUUAAGGAGGAAGUUCUGGAGAUUUUAAGCCGUUACUGAGACCCGCGUGUGACUGUGACUGAGCAACAGGACUGAUGGGCCGUUUGUCUCUGUGUUGUUGCGUCGCUCAGCUAAUGAAGUGAGCCAAGUGGACCAAAGAAAGUGUCACUCUUAGCAGAGUUGGACCGUGUUUCCUGAAGUGUUAAUCAUAGAUUUUACUGACUGACAGUCCAAUGGUUUUGAUGAACAAUAAGGUGAACAUAAAGAGGAUUUAAUUGUUUUGUGAAGCACUGCGUGAAGUGGUUGCUUGUCAAACAUGCUUGUCUACAACUAUAUGUGUUUAAUACUUUGUCCACUAGAUGGCAUCAAAGUUGCACAAAUGCCUUUUAUGAAACUGGAUUUAUGGUGAGAGACUUUGAUAAAUUGAUUUAUGCCAAAGUGAAGUACUGGCAGGAUUAAUUUAUAGUUUAAUCCAAAUGUUUAAAGCAGGAAGGCCAACCAAUCUUAAUGGAUUAAAUGAUCGUAAUUAAUUGCUCACUCGCGCUGUAACAUGGAGUAUUGUUGGAUAACCUCUGGAAUGAAAUAGCAAGUUUGCCGAAUUAAUUUCACAGGUAAUGAUAAUGGAAGAAAAGUUUGAUAAAUGAAAGUGUUUUUUUUAUUAUUAUUAUUCUUUAACUAAAUCCAAUGACUGUUAUUAAAUCGUUUCCAUUAGUCUUCUCAUUUUUACAAAGAGGUUUAUGAAAGUGACUGCUCUCAUAUUUCUCUGAAUCAUCAACAGUGUUGGUAAGAAUAUGUCUGAAUAAGCUGAGGCCAGGAAGUAAUAAUGUCAUAAAUAGACUCUGAUAGCUAUUUGCUUUUAAUGUAAAAUUUGGCCCUCGCAAUUAUGAUAAUACCCACUGGUGUAAGCUGCUUUUUUGCUGCAGUGCUCUUUUAACGCUGGAAGUGUUUUAAUGUAAAAUGAAGAUAAAACCAAAUAAUUUCCUGUGAUUUAUUAAUUUGAAAUCUCCCUCUCUCUCCCAAAAACAUAAUAAAGUAUCUCUUACGGGUUGGCUAAAAGAAAGAAAAAAAAAAAAACAUAAUUCUGCAAUGCCCUGCGCUGUUCCUGUAUUUCUUCAAUUAAAGCCUGGCUGACUGUG